GGACAGAAGCGCACCAUUCUUCAGUGUAAGGAAAGCGCCAAAACGGUGCAGUCAAGAAGAUAACAUUUGUGUCCUUUUCUAUUUAUUACUACAGGUAUAUAAUAGCACGUUUUAACCUUCUAAUAUCGAAAUAACAUGUCAUUCCAUUUUAGGUAACACAUCCGUUAAGGUAUUAUCACGUUUGGUAAAGGUUUGACGUGUUAUUUUUGUGUCAAACUAAGUGAAGAACGUAUUUUACAAGUUACAUAGUUAGAGCUUUGGGGGUUUGUCCGAGUGGAUGUACAUCGUUUUCUCAAGGCCGACUAGAAUUAAGUCAGUCCGGUAACAUCAACAGUGAGGACAAACCCAGCCUGCCUCUCUCCUUCCACACUGAGUCCAAACCUACAGUCACUGGGUCCUGAUUGUGACAGUGGAGCCCAGUUUGCACUGCAGGAUCCAGAGAUGGCAUCAGUGAAGCUGGAAGACUGUAGUCAAACACUGGAGCUGAAUGUCAACAUUAAAGAUGAAGAAGAGGAGGAGAAGAUUGGGACAUCUGUUUCUCAUGGUAUGAGGCCGGUAACAUCAACAGUGAGGACAAACCCAGCCUGCCUCUCUCCUUCCACACUGAGUCCAAACCUACAGUCACUGGGUCCUGAUAAUGACAGUGGAGGCCAGUUUUUACAGCAGGAUCCAGAGAUUGCAUCAGUGAAGCUGGAAGACUGCAGUCAAACACUGGAGCUGAAUGUCAACAUUAAAGAUGAAGAAGAGGAGGAGAAGAUUGGGAAAUCUGUUAGUCAUGGACGACUAGAAUUAAGUCUGAAGCCGGUAACAUCAACAGUGAGGACAAACCCAGCCUGCCUCUCUCCUUCCACACUGAGUCCAAACCUACAGUCACUGGGUCCUGAUUGUGACAGUGGAGCCCAGUUUGCACUGCAGAAUCCUGAGAUGGCAUCAGUGAAGCUGGAAGACUGCAGUCAAACACUGGAGCUGAAUGUCAAUAUUAAAGAUGAAGAAGUGGAGGAGAAGAUUAGGAAAUCUGUUUCUCAUGGAGACCAUGUUGAGACAUUCUCUACAUCCAGAGAGAAACAGCAGGAAGAUCAUGGAGCUAAGAGGUCUCACCGCUGCCCACAUUGUGAGGAGAUUUUCCCAAUUUUAUCAAAGCUAAAAAUACACCUAAAAAUACACACAGGAGAGAAUCCGUAUUCCUGUACUGACUGUGGGAAGAGAUUCACAACAUCAGGGAAUCUGACAGUUCAUCAGAGAGUGCACACUGGAGAGAAGCCUUACUCCUGCCCUGACUGUGGAAAGAUUUUCUCUCGACUGGGCCACUUAAAAAGACAUGAACGUAUACAUACCGGAGUGAAGCCUUACUCCUGCUCUGACUGCGUAAAAUGCUACACAACAUCAACUGAGCUAAAACUUCAUCAGAGAGUGCACACUGGAGAGAAGCCUUACUCCUGCUCUGACUGUGGGAAGAGUUUCUCUCGACAGGGUUUUUUAAAAGCACAUGAACUUAUACAUACAGGAGUGAAGCCUCAUUCCUGCUCUGACUGUGGGAAGAUUUUCUCUCAACUGGGCAACUUAAAAACACAUGAACGUAUACAUACAGGAGUGAAGCCUUACUCCUGCUCUGACUGUGUAAAAUGCUUCACAACAUCAACUGAGCUAAAAGUCCAUCAGAGAACACACACAGGAGAGAAGCCUUACUCCUGCUCUGACUGUGGAAAGAGUAUCUCUCUACUCUGCAACUUAAAAACACAUGAACGUAUACAUACAGGAAUGAAGCCUUACUCCUGCUCUGACUGUGUAAAAUGCUUCACAACAUCAGCUGAGCUAAAGGUUCACCAGAGAACACACACAGGUGAGAAGCCUUACUCCUGCUCUGACUGUGGAAAGAGUUUCUCUCAAAUGUGCCACUUAAAAAGACACCAAGGUAAACAUAAAGGAGAGAAGCCUUACCACUGAUCUGACUGUAGAAAAUGUUUUAAAACAACAGCUGAGCUAAAAGGUCAUCAGAGAACAGACACAGGAGAGAAGCCUUACUUCUGCUCUUAAUUUGGCAAGAGUUACUCAAGUAAGUCGAAUAGUAUUUGGUUGUAAAUAUACCUUAGUAUAAAAAGUAAAAGUGAAUAAUUUUAAAUUCCUUAAAUGAACCUCUACGUGAUGGGUGUCCCUUAACCUGGACGGUUGUUGCUAACGUGCGCCAAUGUGACUAGAAUGAUGUUGUAUACAACAGCCAACUUUCCGGGACGUAGACAUGUCUUUAUGUGGGCAGAAAGCUUACAUUAUUUUUAAUGUAACUGCAGUGUCCAAUUUAACAGUAGCUAUUUCAUUGAAAAAAUACCAUGCUGUUGUUUGAGUAGAGUGCACAACAACUGUCAUGGCAACUGGUUUAAUACAUUCACCUCUGAAGGUCAAUAAUGUACUUAUAUUCUGUAAUCUUGCUCUGAUUUGUCAUCCUGAGGGUCCCAGAGAUAAAAUGUAGCAUAGUUUCAUUUGCUAAAAUCUAUUUUUAUGUUCAAAUGUAGGAACUGGGUUCUACAUUUUUAACCCCUGCUGUCUCUGGCAACACACCCACCCUGCCCAGCCAUCUAGAUGUGUGAAAGUUCGUGUAUAAGCUAAUGAUCCAUCAUGAAUGACAUUCCUGGCAGUGUGUAAACUUAAAUGUUUUGUUUCCAUAGCAUUUUUGUAUGUUCUCUAUCAUUUUGUACUUAAAUGUAUCAAUUGACCAAUUCAGAACAUUUGGGGAACCUCCUGGCAGACUUGAUACAGUGCAGUAAUGUAAUUCUUCACCGGAUCAGUCAGAACCUUUGCACGCUGCUGCCAUCUGGUGGACAAAAUCUAAAUUACACCUAGACUCCUAUCUGAAAGUAUGGCCUUUCUCUUGCAUUUCAAAGAUGAAAAAGAAAAACACAGGUAUUUUGUUUAUUAUCUUUUACCAGAUCUAAUGUAUUAUUCUCCUAUAUUUCACAUUUCCACAAACUUCAAAUGGUAUAAAGAAUAUGCAUAUCCUUGCUUCAGAUGCUGAGCUACAAUCAGUUAGAUUUGGGUAUGUCAUUUUAGGUGAAACUUUAAAAAAAAGUGUAUGAUCCUUAAGUUUUUAAGCAAACCAGAUGGCACAAUUGUGUGUUGUUUUUUUUAUAUUACGGGAUAACCAGGGACACACUCCAACACCAUUUACCAACAAAGCAUUUGUGUUUAGUCAGUCCGCCAGAUCAGAGGCAGUGGGGAUGACCAGGGAUGUUAUCUUGAUAAGUGUGUGAAUUGGACCAUUUUCAAACCUGCUAAUCAUAAAAAAGGAAGUUGAGUACUUUUGGGUGUCAGGGAAAAUGUAUGGAGUUAAAAGUAUUAUUUACUCUAGGAAUUUAGUGAAGUAAAAGUUGUCAAAAAUAUAAAUACCUCCAAAAAACUUACUUAAGUACUUUACACCACUGUAUGCAUCCAUGCCAUGUGGCAGGGUGGUGGUGUGGGAUGUUUUCAGGGCACACAUUUGGACUAUUGAUAAAAGUUGAGUAAGGUUUGAAAGCAUCCCUUCAUGGCAGCAGUGUAUCCAUCUGCAAAUGGAUGCUUUUAGCAGGAUUAUGCCUAAUGCCACAAGGUUUGUCCAGGAAUGGUUCCAAGAACAUUACUUCAUUGUCCAUCUGUGGGAGGAGAUGGAAUGAGCUAUUUGGAGUAGAUCCAUUCGCAGCCAACUUGACACAAUUGUUGGAAGCAUUGGAGUCAACAUGGACCAGCAUCUCUGUGUAACACACACAACACCUUGGACAGUCCAUGUCCUGACGAAUUGAGGCUGUUCUGAGGACAAAGGGGGGUGCAACUCAACAUUAGGAAGGUGUUUCAAAUAUUUUGUACUAGGGAUGCACCGAUAUUACAUUUUUGGCCAAUACGCUAUCCAAUAUUUUCCUUGCCAAAAGAACGAUACCGAUAUUUAAAAUGUUAACGGCCUUUUAAGCAUUAUACUACAGUUAAAUAGUUAACACACACACGGACUCAGCGUGUCACUACAAGCCCUGGUUUGAAUCCAGGCUGUAUCACAUCCGGACGUGAUUGAGAGUCCCAUAGGGCGGCGCACAAUUGGCCCAGCGUCGUCCGGGGUAGGUCGUUAUUGUAAAUAAGAAUUUGUUCUUAACUAAUUUGCCUAGUUAAGUAAAGGUUAUACACACACCACACCGACCAAAUCGCUUGUUCACAGCAUCGAGUACUUUUGUAAGUUAACCCCACGGUCUGUGUCGGUAGUUCUGUUGAGCAGGGGUUGCAAUGCCAUGAAAUAGGGUCUCACGUCUGCUGCAGGCGCAGUUGAUUAGCUUAUUUCUCGAGUCAGAUGUUCGAAUGGCGCUAGGAGUGUGUUCAUGUAUCCAAGUUUUAAACACUGUUGAAAUGUCUGCAGCGGUAUGAGAACCAGCACAUUCUUGAACAUGCAAUACGGCUUUCCUCAGUACGAAAUCCUCGUCGACCCUCUGUACUGUCAGACUCAGUAUGCUCAUGGUGCUGACAUCGCUGGUCCAAAUAUCAGUUGUGAAGCUAAUAGCAGUGACGCCCAUAGCUCCGGUAGGGCACCAUCUGAAAAAUUGUGUGUACCGGCGCUCGACCAGUCGGCGAAAGCCUUUGAGUUGUCUCGCUGAAAUUUUCUUACUCUUUUCAAAUGACUGCUUGACUUGAACUUGUUUAGUUGUUGGAAGUGUGGUCUUAGUAUUUUUCUGCUUUUGUUCUGUGUAGCGCUGUAUUUUUCGUGGCGUCAUCUACCUACGUUAUAUAGCAUGUCUGCUUUAUUAACAUCCGUUUUGCACAUCAGUGUUAAAUCAGACAUCGGGCCGAAGUUGGCAUUUUUAGCUAAUAUCGUCAGAUUCCGAUAUGUUCAACGAUAUAUUGUGCAUCCCUAUCCGUAUAUCAUAUAACGAUGGUGUAAUAAUCAGUUUUUAGCAUUAGUUUGGGUGGAUUAUUUUAUUACUAAACAACUUUUGUUGAAUGAUAAACAAGCUAUAAAUCAACUACUUGUGUUUAUUAAAUUGUAUUUUAAUACUUGA